UAGUAACAGUCAGCACUAGACCAGCAGACUGAAAGCUUCUUGACAACUAGAAAAAUCUAUUUGUCUCUGUUUGAUUUUAGAAAAGACAAAGCAGAUUAGUUUGAAUUGGUUUGAAAUAGAAGACCUGUAGCAAGCAACUCAUUUUAUAGAGCUCAUAGCAAAUACAUUCCUCAAGUGUAGCAGUUAGCAGUGAUUCAUCUGCAAAAUGCAAGUUGUUCGUCAGUGUUCAGCGUGUGCCAGUCGUGCUGCUGGAGGAUUUCUGCGAAAUCAGACAGACAUUUCACUGCUGCCGAGCAGGAGAGGAGCAGUCUGCAGCCGUGACCUCAGCAGCUCUGAGAGUGGCCCCUUGAGCAGCAGGAAGUCUGGAGUCCAGAAGUCAGGGGAAUGGACAAAUGCUGCAAACAUGAGCAUUGCAUCCUUAAGUGUUGCCCGUGGACUUUUUACACAGCAAGUGGAAACACUCACUCACGACUCCCUGAUCAGAAGAGCAGUCUCAGUCGUCACAGACAGUUCGAGUACUUUCCUCUCCCAGACCACUUUGGCUCUCAUAGACGCCCUGACAGACUAUUCUAAGGCUGUGCACACACGUAUUGCUGUCCAGAGACGGUAUUUGGCCUCAGUGGGAAAACUGACCCCAUCAGAGGAGGACUUACUCAAGCAGGCGAUCAAUGACCUGCGUGCAGAGGUUACCUACAGACUAGAUGAAUGCAAACGUUUUGAGUCAUCCUGGAUCAAUGCUGUCAACUUGUGUGUAAUGGCAGCUGAGGCAGCGAACACCUCAGGAGCCGAACAGGCGUCUAUCACAGUGAGGACAAACAUUCAGGUGGCCCAGUCGCAGGUGGAGGAGGCACGCAGAGUGUCGGCAGAUGCAGAGAAGAAGUUGGCCGAGACUAAAGUAGAAGAGAUCCAAAGGAUGGCUGAAUACGCUGCCUCCUUUGAGGAUAGUGAGGAGCAUGAGGUGCAUGAAGCUUAUCUAAGAGAAGACUAAGGGAAAUAGAGAUAUUGUAAAACAGUAAGAGCCUGUCGAACAGAUUCGGCUUCCAAAGCUUUAACCGAAGUGUUAUUUCCAUAAUAUGUCAGUCUCGUUUAUGAGCCUGUGAGAUGAUUACAUGUUAAAUAAAGAAAAUC